AUGAGCAGACAGCUUCGCGUGGCGUCGGUGCUAAAAGCCAGUUACAGUACGGUAGCGUAUCAGCAGCAAGGACGGUCAAGGCAUCAUGUUGGAAGAAGGGACGUCUCUCUGGUCAACCGCUGGCAUAGUCUGCAGGAUCGCCAUCCGAUUGGAAGCGGAGCUCUGCCUGGCCACUCGGUGCUACAGACUGUGGGGAGGAGAUAUGGUGGCGCUUUCACAUAUCCCUUGCUCAUGGCUUCUCUCAACCUGCGCUCGUUUUGCGAGUGCUCCAAGGAAAGCGCUUUUCCCAGCGGGGAAAGGCACCCACAUGCCGGAUGGUGCAUGUACGCGGAUGUGGUCCGCAUUUGCGAAGGUCGACCUCUGUGUUUUGUUCCACCACUGCCAAUUCAAUACUCAUCAGUGCCUAUGAUGGAUAUCAACAACUUGAUCAACCACUACCCUGCUGAACUCGGGGACGAGUGCAGAACGACUCGAAUGGGCUCUGAAGGGGCACUGUCUUCUGCCUCCAGUACCUCUUGGUCUUUUGUCGAAGAUGGUCUUCCUUCCAACCAGGCCGGCUACAACCGCCGUAGCUCCUGGCGAUCACAUACGUUAUCCACGAGAUCGUCUCCUCGCUUCGGCCACUCUUGUACACCAGACUCAUCCCGUCGUCGAAGCCAUGGUCCACAUCGAGGCAUGACCGCUAUCGAGAAACAGCAAACCAAAAACCAAAAAGAGCGCAAGAAUCGCGAUCACAUGAACAAUUCGCUCGGAGCGCUCAUCAGCCUGGUCCUUGACGACAAUCCUCAGCUGCAAACGCAAGUCCGCCGGUUGACCAAGGUCAAUAUCGGGCCCAAGGCGGAUGUGCAGGAGCGCCAUUUGGAUACGCCUUUGAGGUACACCAAGCAAUCCUCGAUUGCCACAAGUUCUCUCAUGUACAGACAUCAGACCCUGAUGACUGAAUACACCCUCAGGGAAGCACGCAAUGGACGUGUCGUGGACGUUGACUUCUUCGACUUCUGCAUGCGGAGCAAAGGCACCGCGGAAUUUCCGGAACACGAUCGCAGGUUUCAGAUCCGGCCUCGCCUAUAA